AUGCGCAGAGCAGAGGCGGGAGGCGGAGGCGGCGGCUCCGCGGCUGCGCGGGCGCGUGCUGGCGGCGGCGGCGGCUCGGUCCCGGCCCGCGCCCGCGGCGCCCCCGCUGCGGCCGGAGCGGCCUGGCUGCGGGAUCGGUGCGCAGCGAUGGCGCGGCCGCCCUGGCAGUGCCCGCGGGCCUGGGCGCCGCUGCUCUUGCUGCUGCUGGCGGGGCCCGCCGCCUGCGCUGCCAGCCCCGCGGACGAUGGCGCGGGCCCGGGGGGCCGGGGACCCCGGGGCCGCGCGCGGGGGGACGCGGGCGCAGACGAGGCGGUGCCGCGACACGACUCCUCCUACGGCACCUUUGCCGGGGAGUUCUACGACCUGCGCUAUCUGUCAGAUGAUGGUUACGCUUUUCCGACCGCUCCUCCUGUGGAUCCAUUUGCCAAAAUCAAAGUGGAAGACUGUGGGAAAACUAAGGGAUGCUUUAGAUAUGGGAAACCAGGCUGUAACGCAGAGACCUGUGACUACUUCCUUAGCUACCGGAUGAUUGGGGCUGAUGUGGAAUUUGAGCUGAGCGCAGACACAGAUGGCUGGGUAGCAGUUGGAUUCUCUUCAGACAAGAAAAUGGGUGGUGACGAUGUCAUGGCCUGUGUCCACGAUGACAAUGGCAGGGUCCGCAUACAGCACUUCUAUAACGUGGGCCAGUGGGCAAAAGAGAUUCAGAGAAAUCCUGCCAGAGAUGAAGAAGGAGUUUUCGAGAACAAUCGUGUCACUUGCCGGUUCAAACGUCCUGUGAAUGUUCCCAGAGAUGAAACGAUCGUGGAUCUGCAUUUGAGUUGGUAUUACCUAUUUGCCUGGGGCCCAGCCAUUCAGGGCUCUAUCACCCGCCAUGACAUAGACUCUCCACCGGCUUCAGAGCGCGUUGUCAGUAUUUACAAGUAUGAAGACAUUUUUAUGCCGUCAGCUGCCUAUCAGACCUUCUCAUCUCCGUUCUGCUUGCUUCUCAUUGUUGCCCUGACCUUCUACUUAUUGAUGGGAACCCCUUAG